UUGACAAUUUACUUGAAACCUAUCCCCUGACAAAGUUUAUUUUUCAAUAUAUUGUCAAAACCAACGUGCAUAUUCAUUUACUUGACAACGUAGCGUGACAAUUUACUUGAAACCUGUCCCCUGACAAUUUCUCAGUAUUUCAUAUUGUCAUAGAGAGUUCAUAUUCAAUAUAUUUUAGAUAAUAAGAUGGAUCAUUUGGGCUAGAGAUCUUUGUAUGAGCAAUAAUGUUCUGAAAAUUGGCAGCCUGUCUACAUUGCUAUCGGUAAGCUCAAAACUUAAUAUUUGUUUCAUAUGGAGGUCACAGUUUGUCUAUGGAGCAAAUUUAAUGACAACAUAUUUACAUUUGAACAACUAGUCUGUGGUCUUCCAAAUGAUUAUACACAGGCUGAGUCUGCAUGUUACAGACUGGAUGUUUCCAAGUCCAUGUUCUUGCCUUGGCACUGAAACCAAGAUACUAGUGCCAAGCUGGAUUUACUGUGAUAGUUUGUCAUAUUAGUUCUAUAUAGCACCAAUGGUUCCCCACCAGUUCAAAGGGAAAUCUUCAAUUAUGAGUAGCAUUUCUAGCAUAUUUUUUUAAUAGCUAGCUUAUGCUUCAUUGUUGUUUUUUUCUCUCACCUAAUUCAUACAAAGGUAACCUUCGUGCAGGUGAAAAGGGCCGAACUGCUUCUGUGAGGCAAGAACGUUCUUGAGCCUUAUCAUUGGUACUCACUGCUGUUUUACAUUUCUGGACGAGCUGGAGCUGCUGCUCCCAGUCAUGCUGUGCUUGUCCCAAGGCGAGUAGAUGCAUAGAUAGGUGCCCUUUGCUGGAACCAAAGAGGCCCACAAACGUCUUGGUCCACUUUCAGCCCGGCCCAUACUGCCACCAACCAAAAAGUCCAAAACCCAAAUCUUUUUCCCGACCCUAGUCCUCUUCCGCUCCGUUGUACGCCAUUGCCAGCUCAAGCUGCUAUACAGCCACGCUGAUGCUCCCAUUGCCGCCGGCGAUCUCGCCGGCGCGGCUACACAAGCUGGUGACCUCGCAGCCAAACCCGCUCCUCGCGCUGGAGCUCGUCACCAUCACCUCCCCGACUACCACUCCGCACCCUGCCACGCUCCACUCUCUCCUGCUUCGCCUCGCCCGCCGCCGUGACCACCUACCCCACGCGCUAGCGCUCCUCCGCCGCCUCCCGUCCCCGCCGUCUCCGCGCCUUCUGCUCCCGCUCAUCCUCGCAGUGCUCCGCCUCCGUCGGCAACCUCAACUCUUCCUCUCCACCUUCAACUCCCUCUUCGUCUCCGGCCGUAGCCCCCUGCCGCUCCACCCACAGGUCCUUCUUCGCCUCCUUGGCGUCCUCUCCUCCACUGUCUCCCACUUCCCAUCCGCACUCCACCUCCUCCGCCUCGUCUCCUCGCGGCUACCCCUCCCCACGCCACUCGUCCUCGCCUCCCACAACCUGCUAAUUGAGGCCGCCGCUCGCUCUGGCUACGUCGCCGUUUCACUAUCCCUCUUCCACCGUCUCCGCUCACUCCAUGUAUCCCCCGACGCUGACACCUACCGCAUCCUUACCCAGUCGCUCUGCCGCAAGGCCCAGGUCCGCACUGCGGCUACAUUGCUCGACGAAAUGCUGCACAGGGGCAUCCCUGCUGAUCCGCUGGCAUACACCACCGUGUUGAACGCCCUCUGCCGCAAGAAGCAGCUCCGAGAGGCAUACCGCUUGCUUUGUCUCAUGCGAGGCCGUGGAGUUUCCCCAGACAUUGUGCAUUACAACACGGUCAUUGUUGGAAUGUGCCGCGAGGGGCGGCCAUUGGAUGCCUGCAAGGUUGUUGGUGAUAUGGUUGACAGUGGAUGCACACCGAAUGCAGCGACAUAUGCAACAUUGGUAAAUGGGCUGUGUGUAAGCGGAUUGUACGAAAAGGCGGAGGCGUACCUGGUGGAUAUGGUGGGUAAAGGGAUUGUGCCUCAUUUUUCUUUGUUUCAUUCAGUUAUCAAGGGUUAUUGUGGAGUUGGGAAAGUGGAGGAGGCUGCACAAAUCAUGACUUGGAUGCUUGAUCUUGGAGUGACUCCGCAUGUUGAGAGCUGGAGUUCAGUGAUCAGAUGUGUUUGUAAUGACGAGGAUUGUGUUGAGGCAGUACUGUUGCAGUUGGUGACAGGAAGGCGGCAUGGUUUAAGCACAAGCAGUACCUUAAAAUGAUGUCAUGUGACGAGGUGCAAAACAAACAAUUGAGCUUCAAUUUCUGGUGGAUAUAAAGAAACAGUUCUACAAGAAAAUAGCAGUAGAUAUUGCAAAAUCUGGGGAGCACAGUUAUCACCUGCAGUAAGCAGUAUAGAAACUUGUGGAGGGAAAAUUGGUGGUUCUGAAACUGUUCUUGAAAAGAUUCGCAAACUGAUUUGACGUACUCAAGCUCGAUCAUGAAGACACCGACAGCAGUCACUAUAAAAACCACAUUGUUAUCCUCAUCUCUCCACCGCCGGGUCUCAACGAAACGAGCUUUUCCAGAUCAAUGGUUUUCUACAGCACCCACUUCGAAUUGACAGUACCAAGACCAUGAUAAUUAACCUGCAGCACCCAGACUUUGAUUCGUCGUUGUCCAGUGGAAGAGCCGGCGUGGUGGGGGUGGACAGCUAUCUUGUCGCCGUUGGCUCGUCGGCUUCAGGUUGUGUUUGACGACGCACGGUCACCACGAUCUGAGUGGUAGGCUUGCUGGGCUGUUUUGGGCUACGAUGCUGCUGAGGAUCUCACUCAACAAGUGGUUUUUCUUCAUCAAUUUUGGUAGAUUGAGACUCUGAUUUCGCCUUGGUGUUUCACUUGGCAGGCAAACUCUACAUGAGUCUUAGAGUACCAACAAGUAACAAAGGUUCAAAGCAAAGAAAUCCAAGGCCAAAAGCUCAUGAACCAAGCCUACUACUUUUUACGUACUUGAUUUUCAUGUAAUUGAAUGAGGAAGCAAAACUGGGAGAACAAAUAAUUGGACCUCUGCAGGAUACCAUCAUCAAUCUACAUUAUAUGUUGUGUGAUUUAUACAUGAAAAUGGAAGUCAUCCAGAACUAUUCCACACAUCAA